AUGUCCCUCGAAAAAACCCUCUACAUCGGCCCCUUCAUCCACAGCGACUCGCUCACCACCCUCGACAUCGCCGUCAACGGCAUGAUCGGCGUCGACGAACAUGGCACCAUCGCCUUCAUCCGGCGCGACAUGAAAGGCAAACAACUCCCCACCGAACCCGGCUGGGAAGAAUCCAAAAUCGUCCGUCUCAACGCCCGCCACGGCUUCUUCUUCCCGGGCUUCAUCGACACCCACAUCCACGCGCCGCAGUACCCCAACGCAGGCAUCUUCGGCAAGUCGACGCUGCUGGACUGGCUGGAGACGUACACGUUCCCGAUGGAGAGUUCGUUUCGGGAGGUGCGGCAGGCGGCGAAGGUGUAUAAUCGGGUGGUGGCGAGGACGUUGAGCCAUGGGACGACGACGGCGUGUUACUAUGCGACGGUGCAUGUGGCGGCGACGAAUUUGCUGGCGGAUGUGUGUCUUUCGAGGGGCCAGAGGGCGUUUGUGGGGAGGGUGUGUAUGGAUCGACUCAGUCCAGAGUAUUAUCGGGAUGAGAGCGCCGAGAGCAGUUUGAGGGAUACGGAGGCGUGUAUUGAGCAUGUGAGGGGGAUUGAUCCUGGGUUCGAGCUCGUGUCGCCGAUUAUCACGCCGAGAUUCGCGCCUUCGUGUUCGGACGAGAGUCUGAAAGCGCUGGGGAAACUCCAUCAGGACUCUGGAAUCCCCUGCCAAACGCACAUAUCGGAGAACAAAUCCGAAAUCGCCCUCGUCAAGAAACUCUUCCCGGAAGCACCACACUACGCGGGCGUCUACGACGAAGCAGGCCUCCUGACAUCCAAAACCAUCCUCGCCCACGCCGUCCACCUCACGCCCGAGGAACGCUCCCUCAUCAAAACCCGCGACGCCAAAAUCUCCCACUGCCCCGCCUCCAACACCGCCCUCGCCUCCGGCUGCGCCCCCGUCCGCCAGCUCCUCAACGAAGGCAUCACCGUCGGCCUCGGUACGGACGUCUCAGGAGGCUACACCUGCAGCAUGCUCGCCGAAACCCGCGAAGCAGUCAUGGUCUCCCGGCACCGCUCCAUCCUCGAAGACGGCAGCGACGAGUGCAAACUCUCCGUCGAGGAAGCUUUAUACCUCGCCACUAGAGGCGGCGCCAAAGUCGUUGGUCUCGAGGAUAAGAUUGGAGGGUUCGAGGUGGGCAAGCAGUGGGAUGCGCAGAUGGUGACGUUCGCGGAGGUGGGCGAGACGGUGGGCGGGUUGGAUCAGAAGGAAGGGCCUGUGGAGGUUUUCGGCGGGGAGACGUACGAGGAGAAGGUGGCCAAGUGGGUUUACACGGGCGAUGAUCGGAAUACGAUGGCGGUGUGGGUGAGGGGACGGUUGGUGCAUUGUAAAGAGGGGUUUAAGCCUUGA